AUGCAUCAAACACCCCGCCCCACACCUCGUACUUCCUCCCCCGCCUCGCCGCAAACAAAUCCCACGAGGACGAACAACCAUAGAGAUCCCGGGAGCCCUGCUGCCCGGUCGCCAUCAGGCGAAGAUGGCCUGGCUCCCGAGAUCUCGACGGGCACAGGGAAACCUACAGACCGCACUGAUGGACGCCCGAGUCGGGAUUCUAUCAAGAAGCUGGAUCAGAUCAUCCAGAAUAUCUACUCGAAAGCCGGUACCUUGAUCCUGCAGGAACGAAUGAAGGUAUCCCCUAUACUAGUGGGUAGGACCCUGGAGAGGAGAACCAGCAGAUGGUUCCAACUCGAUACCGACGACAUCGACGACUUUAGAGAAGAGUUUCGAGUUUGGAAACAAUGUGGUGGUUUCGACAACCGACCCCCUCCGCUGGUCAUCGAGACCUAUCUCGAUGCAUCACGACUAAAAGGGGGCCAGAGUCUGGUGAUACUGGACGAAAACGGCAAACGUUGGGAUGUCGUCGAGGCCCUGAACUCGUCCGACCAGUCGAGUGACAGCAGCUCUGGCCGGCAGGGCAAGCCAAACACGCACGUCGUCUUGGAGCGCUGGCGAGUCGAGCUGAAGGGAGCUAUACCGGAUGAUCCCGAAGACUUCGGUCUUCUCCUCCCGACAAUAUACAAGAAGGCCAUCGUCUUGAUGCGAUCUCUAUACAGCAUCACCGGUAUCUUACCAGCCUGGAGACUAGCCAGGAACUCCAAGACGAAGGGGAUGCAUCCUGCCUUGUCAAUACGCUGCCGGGUCUCUUCGGGUGAUUCGCGAAGCUAUGGAUCCGAUACUCUGAGGACUCCAUUGUUCGAGGGGAGGGGGGAUGUCUCCACCGAUUGCAUGUUUGGUGAUCUAGAGGUGCCCGUGGGCCGCUUCUACGUGUCUGUCUCAUAUCGAAAUCACUGCAAUUUCCAAGUGGUUGAAACUGAGUCCCUUCUGAGCUCCCGUAUCGGUAUGGCCAUCUCUGAUGACAUGUUCAAGCCAUCAUUACCGCACCGGGGGCAGGGUCGCCGCGAAUCUCAUGCUCCCGAGAUUGGAUCUUUGCCAUAUCAUCGGCAUACCCAGGACAUUACAGAGAACCAACAGCGGUACGGUAGCCUGUCAACAUUUCAUGGUGAGGGUCCACUCGGAACAAGUCCCAUUUCUGCCUUGAAAGCCGUCAAGGCACCCGGGUCCGAUAACAGUUCGCCUCCCGGAUCCACGCCCGCGAGUGUUGAAGCUCCUCCACACUCCCUGCCGAUCACAGGUCUUGCACGACGGCCAUCCCUUAGAACGGCAGAUGGCUCGGGUCGGCGCCCCUCGGUCUCUUUCCAGUCGUCGCCGUUUAAACAAGGGUCAUUGUCUGGCUCGCCGGUACCUCGCAUGCAAGACUAUGAUGUGCCGCCAUCUCCUCGAGCAUCUGGCCUCAAUACACUGACACAUGUCCGGAACCGAUCAUCCCUGACUGCUGGAAUGCCUGCGUCGUUGCGAGGCGGGCCACCACCUGCAACUGAAACUACUGUGGUGGGAUCACCUAGGCCGUCAGUCUCAAAUCGGUUCAGUAGUAGCUUUACCCAUCGCCGUAACCGCCAGUCUUUUGGCGGUGCCAGCAAGGGAGACGAUGACCAAAACAGCAGCGGGAAGCAAAGCAUGUCAUCAUCUGUGGCCCAGCCUGGUUUUGGCCUACUGAAUGAAGCUGGUGCGGGAGGAAGCUCCGGUUCCUUCCAGACCGACGAUGACAACAUUCAAGAUUUCUUGAAGGCUCUCGAAAGUAAACGGACCCUUCAGAGCUUUGAACCGUCCAAGAAGGGCGAGUCGGCAACCAAGAAAACGGCAGCGCAAUUGUCCAAAUUUCAUCUCAUGCGCGAGUCUAAUAACGCGCUUACGGAAUCGAUGAACUCUUCCAUGCAACUACAACGCUCCUCUAGCUCCUCUAGCCGGCAACUAGCCAACGUGCCAGGCAUGUCGAUCUCUUCAUCCCCCGGCAAACCUCUGUCGCCUCAUACACCGCACACGCCGGCUAUUCCGUCCCGUCUAAGCGAGAACUCAAGUGUUGACUACGCAGCGCCUAUGCGGGCCGCGUCUCGAGCGCGCUACGACACGGACCAUCAAGAGGGACCGCCAGCCAGUAUUCCCGCGGCGUUUGAGAGGACCACGGCUAUUGACAUUCCAAUGUCGCCUAGGCCGUACACGCAUGAUAGGCGAUCCAGUUCUGUGGCGCAUCAACCGCGCGUGUCUGCCGACGAUGACGAUCCCGAUGCCCACCGCAGUCUCAGCCUUGGAGCAGAGGAACGUGAGGCUCCCAGUCUCAGUGUACUGCUAGGACGGGGGAUUGAAGCGGAGGCGAAUGCGGCGGCAGAGUUGCCAGUUCUCCAGCCGCCGGCCGACAUUAGAGAGUCCGGCUUGGCAGACACAGAUGGUCAAGGGUCAUCUUCCGUCGAGCGCGAGAUCAGGCCUCCUGGGGGUCUCUUCUCGGGGCUAUCAAGUUCACCCUACGGGCGACGUUAUGGCAGCAGUGCCGGCCGUGGUGUCACGCCACCGCACUCUGGGAGUGGCAGCCUUGUGGGGUCGAGCGGCAGAUAUGGCCGUGGAUAUUCCCGGGGCGGCACAACGGGCCUAGGUGUAACGGGCGCUUCCACUGACGAAGCCGAGGACGAACCUUUGCUCUUUGACAUGUCAGAGAUCAAUCGUGACCAGUCACGGCGCAGCCUAGAGGAGGGACGAGGUGGUGGAAGUACGGGAUCUGGUGGCGAUCGAGGUGGUUAUGACUCGGCUCGCGGAAGUCGUCGUUGGUGA